CAAGAACCAGGUGUGGUCGAUGUGCGUGUGUUUUCAAACACUUAUGAACUUUUGGGUGAAACUAAGUUUAAGUAUGAAGACAUGAUAAAAAAAAUUGUCUCCGAAGCAAUGCAGCAUGGCCCAUAUGAGGUGUCUAAGCUGUUUGCUAAGAUGGCAGAAGAAGUGUGCAAUCAGAGCUCAUCCGCCAAGAAAAAUUCAGGUGAAUCUGACUAAAUUAUGUUACACUCAUUAUUAACAUAGGUACUUUGAAGGCUAUCAUUUCCAUAGUUAAGAAACAACCUCCUUGUUUUGAUUUGUUUACUGAUCUUAAGCAAUGAAGGAGUCCUACAAACAAUACACAGAUACAAUUAUUUUUAGCUCUAAUGGACUAAAUUAGCAGGCAAAGCCUGAGCAAUUUCCUAGUAGCGGGCUACAAUUGUAAAAAACAUUACACGAAAAUUUACGCAAACAAUUUUCCACGAGCAUGUUCAUAUCAACAAGACAACAAAGAUGGCUCCUUUCUGAGCCUAUCAGCAGUACUAAAGUACGGCAGUAAACUCUUCACAUUGCAAGUUGAGUUUAAUACAGCCGUGUUGGCUAAAAUGUGGUUGAUAAUGUAGCUUGGCCCUUAAAUUCAUUUUGGCUUUUCAACAGUCAUCUCUUGUACUUACAGUUUAAGUGAUUGUUUAAGUUUUGUUUAUUUAGGAUGAGAAUAGUAAAGAGAGGUCAUAUACAUUGUAGUAGUGUGCCUCAAUGUUCUGUACUCUCGAUAUGAAUUGAUAGGGCAAGCAACAGGUGCUCUGAAUGAUGGUUGUCAAGACAGAUCUUUACCAGGGGAGAAUACUGUCAUGGAUGACGAGUAUGAAGACCUGGCGCAACACUUCCAAGAUAUAGUGAAAUGGUAG